AGGAUGUUCGGGUGCGGUGUCACACUGGUUGCUGUGGAUUAUGUCUCUAAGAUGGAGGAGAGCUCCAGUUUUCUCCAUGGAUGAGCUUGUGGAUUUGACUAGAAUGGGCUUUGGAGACCGGUUCCAGAGGAUGGAGGAGAGCUCCAGUUUUCUUGCUUUGACCCGGCUUCCCGAGGUCAACACUGGAGUGGCGAGGAGGAGGGCACAGGUGCAGCCGGCGGCAGCAGCAGCGGGAGGACACCAGGCAGAUGAUGAUGAUGACCACGAUGAGGAUGAAAGCAAUGAGGAGAUGGAGGCAGCUGCACACGACGUUCCUUCUGAUGCACCCCUCUACGACAACACUUUUCCCCAUACUUGGGCGGGGAUGCAUGCGCAUCAGGACGCCGUCUAUCAUCAGUUGUCUACUGAGAAGCACGAGCGUUUUGUCCAGAUGCGUUUUGAGCAACAGGACUUUUAUCGUGAGAUGCGGGAGGACCAGGCGAUGCACUAUGCACAGAUCUAGUCCCAGUACACACAGAUUGAUGAGCGACUCACUUUUAUGGAGUCUAGCUGGAGCUCAUUCUUUGACGCAUAUCCGCCGCCACCCCCCUCCUGAGUAUUAGAGAUUUGAUUAGAUUGUCCUCUGCUAGCCUUUGUACUUGCUUUUGUUUGAUGAUUGUACCAUAAACACUCUCACACUCUCACACUCUCACUUUUACACUUAACUCUUUAUUUUGUUGUGCUUUGUUGUUUAAUGAUGUGUUGCAGCUCAAACGAAUGCUUAGUGGAAGAUGUGUCGCGCGAUCAAAGACCCAGUUUAGUUCCAGACCGACCAACGCUAUAGGGAAGCUUCAAUAACUCUUUUUACUCGCUGUGUAAUGCUGACUUGAGUUAAUUUUGAGCACGCGUGACCCUUUCUUCUUUACCCCCUUGUGCAUAGUGCAUAUUUGGUCAUCGAGGGUGAUGCCAAAGUUCAAGUGUGGGGGAGUGAAUUGGGCAUUUGGGCAGUAGUUGUUACAUGUGAUUUUUAGAGUUAGCAUGCGCAGGCGUUAGUUGUAUAUUCAUUGGAAAUUCAUGUCAAAAUUUUUGAAAAUUUUUAUUUAAACCGUGUCUUUGUGAACUGGCUAGCGUUUGACUAUGCUUUUAGAAUGUCCUUGAAGUGUUUAGGCUUAAAUUGCUUGCAUGAUAACUUAGUUGUUGAAAGGAUGAAGGCAGUAGUCACCCAUUGAAUAAAUCAACAAUUUCCCCAUUUGACCUGAAUAAGUUCCUUUAGGAGAAGCCACUUUGACCCUGACCGUUCUUUGUUACCCAAUUAAUUGAGCUCCAUAGCCAAAUGGCCUGUUGCCUUACCCGUGAAUAUUUCUAACCCAGUCUUGAUGUUUAGGGAACUAAGGGAUUAAUUUGCUAAGUUUAGGGAAUUUUUGUAGGAGCCAUUUUUGGCACUGUUCCUAUGCCCCAAAUAGGGUAAGAGCAGUCACUAUUUGGGAAUUUGAUACUUUCGAGGAUUGCAUUGUAGGCAUGGAUUCACGUUUAAAUUAAUGAACUUUAAUUGUUAUUUUUCCUUGGUGAGGUCGAGAUUAGAAUGGGGUAAUGUCUAGUGAGAAUCUGAAAGGUGGAAAAAUUAAUAUAGCUAGACCUCUUACUUUGCGAAAAAGAGAAUGGGAGCCCCGGUCAAAAAGCGUAAGAUGAGACUUGGGUAUCUUUCGAAAGAAAUGGCGUUUUCGUGCCAACAUGACAAGGAAAACUAAACAUAAUUAAUGAACUUGGAGGCUAUCUCGAUAUUUAGCUUUAGUCAUCCGCGUACUUCAAGUAUACGUCAAAGCACAAAUGUGUCGCGGCGGUUUAGCUUAGUUGUACACCAUGUCUACUCUUUGCAUAAGUUUAAAUGAUUGUUCCUAAAUUGUGGCCUACUGAGUUCCUUGUUCCUAAGAAUAGCCCUGAAGUUCCUGAAUACAUCGAGUCUUUGUUAGAAUAUUCCAAUCUCUCAAAAGAAAGAGACUAUUAUUUUUAUCCAUGAUCCAUUCACCAUCACCUUCACAAGUCCUUCUGAUCGGUAACUAGUUUAUUUGUGUAUGCUGUCAUUACUUUGAGGAUGUUGUGAAUUAUUGUGUCAAACAGUUUAGCUUGAGUACAAAGAUGUAGUUUAGGGAAAAAUUUUCUUGGUUUAGAUUGUCUGUCCUGUGAAUAUCCCUUUAACGACGUGUGCAUGUUAACUGUUUUAAAUUCCGUGUGGUGAUUAUCUUAAGUCCUGUUGUUCGAUUUGCUUGAGGACAAGCAAAAGCUUAAGUGUUGGGGAAUCUGAUAAGUCCGUAAUUAGACACGCAUUUGAUGCGUGUUGGAGUCGGAUUUUGAUGGUUUUCCUGCUUUAAGGCGUUGCAAGUCUCAAUUUUAGCUCAAGUUGUGAUUAUCAGGCGUUGGAUCGAGUUUCGUUGCAAUUGGAGUUGAACUGAAGAAGUUAGAGUCCGACAAUCGGCGCUUGAGAGGCAUUUGGGAAGGAUUUGAAGGCGUUCGAAGAAGAUUUGAGAGAUUUGGAGGUCACCAGGAGAUUCACGUAGGGCUGAGCAAAACCCGAACCGACCCGAAAAACCCGAUAUUUUUUUCGGAUAUUAUCCGACCCGAAAAACCCGAAACCGAAAAUCCGAUUAGUAUUGGGCCUAGACCGGGUGGCGGGUAGGAUUUGUGAAAUCCCAACCCGACCCGACCGAAUAUCCGAAAUAUAUGUUAGUGUGUACUUUGAAUAUUUAAUUUAAUACUUGUGUUCAAUUAUUUGUGUGAUUAUUUGUGCAAUUUGUAUUAAACUAUUUGUGUAAAUUGAAUGUGUAGUGAACUAGUGUGUACAAUUUUGGUUAAAGUGGCAUUCCAACACUUUAACUAUCCAAUUAUAAUGUGUUUUGAUAUAACCAAAAUAUCCAAAAUAUAUUAAAUUAUGUAGUGUG